AUGAAUAUUCAACUCCAAAAACAGAGUAUUUUUUUCCUGUUUUUAAUCUCGAUUUUGUUGCUAUGGACACGGGUCGAAUCUAUUCGGUUCGAUAUCGAGUCGGGUCAAUCCAAAUGUAUAGCCGAAGAUGUUACGAGCAGUUCAAUGACACUCGGGAAGUACACAAUCAUAAAGCCUAACGAGGGACAUGUUUUGCCUGAUACUCAUAAAAUCACUGUCCGGGUUCAAUCGACUUAUGAAAAUGUAUUGUAUCACUCUUCGGACAACGUGACUGAAGGGCAAUUCGCAUUCGAAACGGGCGAGGCAGGUGAUUACGUGGCUUGCUUUUUCGUGGCCGAGCACAAUCCUCCGGUUUCGUUCACCGUGGAUUUUGAUUGGAAGUUCGGUUUUGCCGCCAAGAAUUUGGUCAAUGUUGCGACGAAAGGUUCUGUUGAAUCGAUGGAAUUGGAAUUGAAGAGUAUGUUCGGGACAGUACAGUCCAUUCACGACGAGAUGUUUUAUCUUCGCAAAAGGGAACAAGAAAUGCAGCAACUGAAUGCAUCUACAAACUCGAAAAUGGGAUGGUUUUCAUUACUGUCGAUUCUCAUCUCGUUAUCUGUGGCGGGAGUGCAGUUUUGGUACCUGAAAUUUUUUUUUCAGAAGAAGAAGAUUAUUUAA